UGACAUUAUACGGAAGAGGGCGUGAGAAGCAUGCCAGUCAGGACAUCUCGCUCUUGGAGACGUGUUGCAGGUAUAGCAGGUGUAUGCAGCGUCUUCGCCUACCUUCUAUACGCCUUCCUCCUGUCCAGAACAAACCCUAUAGCUGCUAGCCGUAAAAUGUCAUCGCCGUUGAGAACAUCGCCGCGCGAUAUCAUUAUCGCUGGGCAUCGUGGUCACUCUGAUGGCGGUAUGCAAGGUCUCGACCAUCAUGCACGUCUUGAGCAGCUUGCUGAUGGCUCAACUCGAUGGGCAAAGCUCCAGAGAACACGAUUGCGGCGUUCGAAGCAGCGCGCAGUUUGGGCGGUCCCGGUGUGCUUUGUGAGACCGAUCUCGCCAUCACCAGCGAUAAUCAGCUAGUGCUCAUGCACGACGAUACUGUGGACCGUACCACAAACGGGAACGGGCUUGUUCGCAACAUGACAUGGUCCGCGAUCUCGCAACUUGAUGCGGGCAGUUGGUUCAGCGCAAGAUUCGCAGGCGAGAGAGUGCCGCUUCUGAAGGAUGCACUUGUGCUAGGCAAGCGACUUGGGAUUCGGUAUCAGAUCGAAACGAAGAUCUAUGACCAGAAUGAGCACGCCUUCUCUCUGCUCAAGGCACUGAUUGACGAGCUGCAGUGUGCGGAUAUGAUCCAAUUCAGUUCGUUCGACUUCGUCCAGCUUCGGGCGGUGAAGGAGGUCAUUCCGAAUGUGCCCACGGUCAUGCUAACUCACUCGCGCUUGAUUGAUACUGUUCGAGUGGCUAGGGAAGCACGAGUUGACGCGGUAAACAUUGAGAUUGAUCACUUCCCGCAGCAUCACGCGCAGGGCGAAGUACAGAUGCUGCACGAUGCAGGCUUUGCGGUCUUCCUCUACGUGCCGCCGCCCGCGAAGCUAGAGAAACUGAAGGCCUACGGGGAAGACAUCCAAGAACGUGUCACCGAGUGGGUACGACACGGGCAGCUGGAUCAGAUAAUCAGCAACGACGUGAGUCACAUGAGGAGCAUCAAGGACGAAGUGCUUCGCCGAGGCAAUGUCUAAUACAACCGUUUCCAAAAACCUUAUCGCACGGCGGCUAUCUCCACGUCGCGGGGUCGCCUAUAGUAAUAUAGACGCGUUCUAUGUCUUCUAAUUCUUAGCUCGUUGUCGAUGUCCUAAUUCGGAAAGUUAAAGCUAUUAUUUAUAUAAGAAAUCGUAGGGUUAGAG